AGCCGGAGAACAGGUUAUGUGGGGGCCGGCGGGGGCAUUUGCCAGCGACACCGCCGCGCGCGAGCCGGAAGUGCAGGCUGCGCCAGCCAGCCGCGCCGCAGGAGCUCCGGGCUAGACGGUGGCGACGGCGGCCCCUCGGCGGGAGGAGGACGAUGAGGAGCGGCGGGGGCGGCGCGGGGCCUCGCUGCUGCGCGGAGCCGGGUUCCGAGCCCGCGGCCGACUGCGCAGCCCGCCCGCGAGCCUGAGAUAUCUACGUGGAGCUACCAUGGAAAAAUCCUGGAUGCUGUGGAGCUUUAUUGAAAGAUGGCUACUAGCCUUGGCGUCCUGGUCUUGGGCUCUCUGCCGCAUCUCUCUCUUACCUUUGAUAGUGACUUUUCAUCUGUAUGGAGGCGUUGUCUUACUCCUGUUAAUAUUCGUGUCGAUCGCAGGUAUCCUGUAUAAGUUCCAGGAUGUCUUGCUCUAUUUUCCAGAACAGCCAUCUUCCUCCCGUCUGUAUGUCCCCAUGCCCACCGGGAUUCCGCAUGAAAAUAUUUUCAUCAGAACCAAAGAUGGAGUACGCCUGAAUCUGAUCUUGGUAAGAUACACUGGAGACAAUUCCCCCUAUUCCCCAACUAUAAUUUAUUUUCACGGGAAUGCAGGCAACGUAGGCCACAGGUUGCCAAACGCACUGCUGAUGCUGGUGAACCUCAGAGUGAACCUGGUGCUGGCUGAUUACCGGGGAUACGGGAAAAGUGAGGGGGAAGCCAGUGAAGAAGGACUGUACUUGGACUCUGAAGCCGUGCUGGACUAUGUAAUGACUAGACCCGACCUCGACACAACAAAGGUUUUCCUCUUUGGCCGCUCACUGGGAGGAGCGGUGGCCAUUCACUUGGCUUCUGAGAAUUCUCACAGGAUUUCAGCCAUCAUGGUGGAGAACACGUUCCUAAGCAUACCACACAUGGCCAGCACACUCUUUUCAUUCUUCCCGAUGCGCUACCUUCCUUUAUGGUGCUAUAAAAAUAAGUUUCUGUCCUACAGGAAGAUCUCCCAGUGCAGGAUGCCUUCUCUCUUCAUCUCUGGCCUCUCUGACCAGUUGAUUCCCCCCGUGAUGAUGAAACAGCUCUAUGAGCUUUCCCCAUCCCGGACUAAAAGACUAGCCAUUUUCCCAGACGGGACGCACAAUGACACGUGGCAGUGCCAAGGCUACUUCACUGCGCUCGAACAGUUCAUCAAGGAAGUGGUCAAGAGCCAUUCUCCUGAAGACAUGGUGAAAACAUCAUCCAACGUCACGAUUAUCUGAUGCCCCCUGAUGGAUGCCUUGGGUUCCAGUUUGUGUAGAAUGUCCUUUCUGGGUGUGUGUUCCUGCUGGUCUGCACAGUGACUCUGAGCUUUGAAGGGCCUCAGCACUCUGUUCUGAUGAUCCUAUAACUCUCCAUAUUUCAGAACUGGGCUUCUUGAGAUUAUUUCACGUUCCUACCAGAACUUCCAGCCUGGUUAAAUACCCCUUUCUUUAGUUUAAGAUGCCGAUGUGCUAGAGCUCAUCCAAAAGAUUCUUGUUGGUGAAGUGGUAAAAUCUCUGUUGUAGUCAGAUAGAGACACAAACAAGAACCCUUCAGGUGUCAUUCCUUAGUAACUGUUGGGACAAUCACAGUGAGCAAGCCCAGUGCUACUGCGUUUUCACCGUAAACAUUAAGAUGAAGUGCAUGGUGGUGUUUUAUUCUUUAUGCAAUGCGAUAUUUUUAAUGUAAAUAACACUGGUCACAUGCCAAUGUAUAUGGUUUCCCGGGUUAUAUCUAUUUUUAUGUAAACUCUAUUUUGUUUCUGGUGAGGAAUGAGUGUGAGGCCUGUGAGCAGAUUCCAUGCUCUGCUGCUGAGAUCCAGCUUUUUCCUAAUAAUAAACAGGACCAUUUUCCGAUAUAGAUGUACUGUGUUUCUGUUAGGCACUGUCUGGAUCAUGGCUAGUGGGAUAGGAAGUUAGCAUUUUAUUGCAGCUUGCUUUGCACAUUGAACUUUUGUGAUUCUGGUUGCAAACAGGACUUUAGCCUCUGUCAGUUUGUGAAUCUCCAGCUGAACAUUAACAGCCACAGCAAGGGCUCGAACUGAACUAGCUGAUAGUUGAGUUAGGAUGUCUCAACAUAUGUUGCACACAGCCUUAUGCAAUGUUUCAUCUGAUUGAAGUCCCAGUACCUAGGAUGUGCCUGACUUGACAGAGGGAAGCAUCAUUUAUUAAGCUUUUUGCAAGUAAAUUACAUAAUGAAAGAAAAACUAAAAAGCAAAUAACCAAGUAUGGCUUAAUAUUUCAGUUCUGUGUAACAGGGCUAUAUAAAGUGACAGUCUUCAGAAGCUUGUCAGUUUUACAGCCUGUUACACAUGGAACAGUUAAGGAGUUGUGGGUGGGAAGCUGUACUUGACAGAGUGAGCCUCUGGAGCCUGAAAAUACUUGGUGACAUUCCAGCCAUGAAGUGGAACCUGCCAAGUCCUUCCCCACAGCCCUCACCAGGUAGAUGUGCUUGAGCCCUGCACAUUAGGUCAGCUCCACACACAGGAUUGCAGAUAGCUUAGCUAUAUUAUUGACCUUCCACAAGCAGCUAGAACAGAGUAAUAAUGAGUCAAUAAUCUUGACCUUAAUUUAAAACUUUCCAUGAACAUAGGGCUAGAAAUACUAUUGCCAAGUAGCAUUCUUAGCCUUCAUUUUAUGCCAAUGUUUAGAAAAUAAUAAUGUAUAGCAAGUAUAAUUUCUAAAGAAUAAUGCUUUUCUAUAAAUUAUUAAUUGUAAAGAGUCUUGUUUUUUAAAGAGUUGGUAACUCAUCAUGGAGGGUGUAUUUUGUAUGUGUAAAUUCACCACACAAUAUUAAAGGCUGCUUUUCAUCUUGUCA